UAUUCCCCGAGAAAGAGCAGAGAGAGGAGAAAGAAACGAUGGCGGAGAGGAGGCGAGUGCUGGUGGUCGGUGGCACCGGCUACUUGGGCCAGCACCUCCUCCAAGGUCUUGCCGGAGCCCUUCUCUACGACUUAGCCUUCACCCAUAAUCGCCCCAUCCCUCCCCCCGAUCUCGUGGCCGCCGUCUCCCCGGUGAUCCCCUUCCGCGUCGACCUGCGAACCGGAGACGGAUUCGACGCUAUUUCUUCCUCAUUUGGACAGCCAGAUGUGGUUGUUAACUGUGCUGCGCUCUCUGUUCCUCGUGCUUGUGAAAUGGAUCCUGCAGCUGCUGUGUCCAUAAACGUGCCAUCUUCUCUUGUAAAUUGGCUAUCAAGCUUCAACAAUAGCAAUUCUCUUCUAGUUCAUCUGUCAACUGAUCAAGUAUAUGAAGGGGUAAAAUCAUUUUACAAAGAAGAGGAUGAAGCUGUACCUGUAAAUAUGUAUGGAAAAACAAAACUAGCUGCAGAGCAGCAUAUCAUUGCUCAGUGCUCAAAUUAUGCCAUCUUGAGAAGCAGCAUAAUAUAUGGGCCACAGACAAUUUCACCGGUUGAAAAGUCACUUCCAAUCCAGUGGAUUGACAGUGUUCUUAAUAAACAAGGUCAUGAGGUUGAAUUUUUUCAUGACGAGUUCCGUUGCCCUGUGUAUGUAAAGGAUAUGGUGGAUGUCAUAAUGGCUGCAACUAAAAAGUGGAUAUCAGGUUGCCUGUUCCUUCAUCUUGCUAUUUGCCAUCUGUACUUGCGUCUCAUUUCAGACGGCAAGCAAAUGCAAUUGCUGCUGAACGUGGGUGGAGCAAAUAGGGUGUCAAGGUUGCAAAUGGCCGAGUCAGUUGCACGAAUCAAAGGAUACAACCCCUCUUUGAUCAAGCCAGUAUCUGCAUCAUCUGUUGACCGCGGUGUUAGAUCCCCUUCAGACAUUUCCAUGGACAUCAGCAGGUUGAUUCAAGUGCUUGGUGUUAGUCCAUGCCUCUUCGAAGAUGGAGUCAGAUCUACACUUGAAGCCGAUAAUGCAUAGUUGUCGAUACUCAAAAGGAGAUAGGAUGACUGGCAAUUGGACCAACUGCAUUGAGAUGCUUUUGCACCGGCUCACCUUGCCUCACUUGGCACCCCUACCGAAUGGGUAUAAAAUAUUUUACCUCAUUUUCUCCAGGAUCCAUGUUCAGUUUCGAUACAGUUCUAUUGAAUUUGUUUGAGGUGAAGUUGCAAUGAUAAUUCUUAUCAUUGUUCAUCAUGGGGGAAGUGUUGAAAAAUAUAUGCAUUCCGUGAACUAAAAUUACAGUGUAAAUCUAUACAUUUGAAUGCAAAUAAACUUCCGAUAUAGGCACAACUUUAAAUCAUAAAAUCACUAAAGCUAGAAAUAGAGUAGGGUUAUUUAAAAUUAAUAAGAGAAUGCAAUAUUUCCUAUAAAUAGUGUGAGAUAUAGAAACAUUGAUUCUGAAACAACUUUGUUCUAUUCUCAAUAUGAUUUCAAGUGCCUCCACAGGUAUGGUGUAGUGGUAAAGUAUCCAAGGGAACAAAUAAGAGUAUCAAAGUUCAAAUGAAUAUUCUAGAAAUCAAAUUUAUCUGUUAGGCGAACUAGGGGGAAUGUUUUUUAUCUUCAAAAUUAGUAGACAAAAUCUGAAUAGCAUGUCCUUUUUGUGUUGAUACUCAAGAUUAGUCGGACGAAGUCCAAUCUAUAAGAUGAUUUACAAAAGAGCUCUCACAAUAUGACAUUUGCAAAAGUGUAAAAUAUCCCACUACCACAUUUAAGAAAGUUGGAUAAAUCAAAUAGUUUUAACAAGUACAAUAUGCCUUUGUAGACACUUCUAAUGUAACAUAUCAAACUUUUUUAUGCCUACAAAAAAGUAUAUUUUGAUUU